AUGCUUUCGUUUUUUAUUUAUUGUGACAAUUUAGGAAAAAUAAAUACAUUUCAAACAUAAAUGCAGACAGCCAGACGUUGUUUUCACUUCUCAACUCAAUCCAGAAUGCAAGCGCACUUCUCUCUUUCAGCACCGAUGUCGUCCGAAGUCCAGAAUCCAGCUGUUUCCGGCACAGUUAAGGCUCCGUCUGACGGUCCAACGCCGCCCCCUGCUGGCGAGACUGCAGAAGGCGGCUGGAGGCUGAACUAUGUCUCCGGGGAUCUGUUUUCCUGCCCUAAAGAAGAGUCUCUGGCUCACUGCAUCAGCGAGGACUGCCGCAUGGGGGCAGGCAUCGCAGUGGCGUUCAAGAAGACGUUCAAAGGAGUGGAUGAGUUAAAGAAACAGGAGAAGAAGCCCGGACAGUGUGCGGUCCUGAAAAGGGACCAGCGUUUUAUCUACUAUCUGAUCACAAAGAGAAAAGCCGCACAGAAGCCCACCUACUUCCACCUGACAGAGAGCCUGGAGGACAUGAAGGCGCACUGCGUGAGGAACAACGUAACAAGAAUAUCAAUGCCUCGGAUCGGUUGUGGCCUGGAUCGGCUGAAGUGGGACAAAGUGUCGGAGAUCCUGGAAGAUGUGUUCAGUAACACGGACAUCUCCAUCACAGUCUACAGCCUCCCUCAGAAAGAAGAGACAACGGUGAUGAAGGAAAACUGGCGCAGAUGAUUGAUGGAAAUCGAGGUUUAUGUUCUUUAUGUCUUUUACUGUCUCAUAUUCACAAGUUGAAAACGUUGAUCUUUAUAUUUGAAAUGCUUUGAUAUCAACUGAAUGUAAAUAAAUGUUUACGAAAACCAAAAA